GGCACCAUCAAAAUCAAAUUCAACCUCAGUUAGUUAUUCCCUAACUACACUUCCUUUUCCCUUUUCCCACACUCAUUUAAUCACAGAACACAACAAAUAAAGUGUGACACAAAAAACGAUUGGGAACGAAAGCAACGUAGUAAAACCGAAAGAAAGACAUAGCAGAGAGAAAGAGAGAAAGCAAUAUCUGUGAUAUGAGUUGCAACGGUUGUCGAGUGCUGCGAAAAGGUUGCAGUGAGACAUGUCCUCUGAGGUCGUGUCUGCAAUGGAUCGAAUCCGCCGAAUCGCAACGACACGCCACUCUCUUCCUUGCUAAGUUCUUUGGCCGCACCGACUUAAUCUCCUUCAUUGCUUCUGUUCCCCAAACCACAAGACCUGCAUUGUUUCAGUCUCUGCUGUUUGAAGGGUGUGGGCGAACGGUAAAUCCGGUGAACGGUGCCGUGGGACUUCUGUGCAGCGGAAAUUGGCACGUGUGUGAGGCGGCGGUGGAGACGGUACUCGCCGGCGGCGUUCUUCGAGCGCCGCCGGAUACAGUGGCCGGAGCUUCCACUGAUACGCGCCGCCCUUUCCGGCCACUAAGAUUGGAACAUGAUGCGAAUGAGAACUCAUCAAGAAGUUUGAUGAACGGAGCAGAGGAACCGGAAACGGUGCGUUACGGUGGUCACAAGAAAAAUCAGAUCUUAAAUUUGUUCAUGUAAGAUAACACGUGGUUACACAUGUUGGUAUCAUCGUGGGAAACUUUUGAAUUUUACUAAAAAAAUCAAUUCUUGAAAUAAAUUUCAGUUGAAAAAGUUAAUCUUUGAUUUUCGAAAUAAAGAAGAAGUAAUUAAUAAAAAAAAAAGAAUCAGGAGCAUGUUAAUUUUUGCACGGAUUGUUC